AUGACCACAGCGGAAGUUAGCGACAAUGGAUAUGGACAAAUGAGCGAGCACAGUUACUUACUGCCAUGGAAUCCCUGGGUCAACCUGCGGGGUGAACUGCCACAAGGCCUGCCGGAGCCGCCUGGCCGUCGAGUGCCGGAAGAGGACCAAGAGCAUCAGUCACGAGACGCCGCCGGCUCUGCAGGCCAGGUCCUACAGCUUCCCUCCACCUGCCAACACCCCGCCCAGCCUGCAGAACACAGUGAUUGCCGAGGAGGAUAUAGAGUCGGUGGAGGAAGGUGUGUUCGAUGUCCACCUAUAACCAGGAGCUUUGAAUUGGAGUGUGAGGUCUGCAGCUCUCUUAUUUUUGAAAUGCCUCUCUCCGGUUGGUGUGCAGGAGGCCAAAUCAGUGACCGUCCAUCAGGGGGAGCCAGACGCGGACGUGCUGCAGUAUGUGAGUCUGGCAGCACCCCCACGCUGAGGAGAAAUUGCACUGAACACCAGUCAGGAUACCUACACGGUGCCACACGGUGGACAAACGCCGCAACAGCAACCCCACUCCGGCUGACUCACGUGAAUGUGAAGACCAAUGUGAAUGGAACGGUCUUUGUUUGUCGAAUCUCUACAUGUUGAUCCCAUGCCGACCAAGUGUUUGUGUAAAUCUCACUAUAUAUUCUAUAGAAAAGAGAAAUAAAAUCCACAAUAUUGUAUUUUCCUAUGUUAAAGUCAGAGAAGUCAAAUUUGAGCUCACUUUGCUGCAGAUUGGAACGGCUGUUUACUUUCUUUUUUUUCUCUUUCUUUUAAAACACAAUAGAGGUGCUGUCAUUGCCAAGAAUGUAAACCUGUACCCAGACUAAGCUGCUGUCGCCUUCAUCUGAGAAUCUCUGCUUUUUUAUUGCUCGCCGGCUUGUUUUGAAAUUACAAUUUCGAUGUCAGAUAAAAAAAAAAUGGAAGAUUGAUUUGCGGUGUUCGCGACAAAAGCGGCCACUUUGCAAAACAAACCGAGACGACCACGUGGACAGUUAGAAUGACGGCGGACUUUGAUCGGCGUCAUGUUUCGCUUCAUGUCUAUCCUGACUAUCUGGAACUGUCCCGUGGUUGUUUCCCGUCGUGAUGUUUUUCGGUAUAUUCAGUUCUGUCUCGUACCAGUGCACCGUCAAUGUAGCGGUGACGGUUGAACGCUGCUGUCACAUGAAGAACCUGAGAGAGAGAGAGAGGGAAAACGUGGCUCCUCAACAUGCUCUGUCAGUCGAGAUACGAUAAUCAAACAGAUAAUACCCAAACUGGAGUAAUGAGGCUUUCUCAUUUGACAGCAGCAGCGUCUAUAAAAAAACGUUACCCUGAGAAAUCUGUGUUACUGCAAGUUGUAUUUUGCUGUUUUUUAUCCCGCAUGCUUCUCUCCUUUAUGGCCAGACGUCUCUGUUACUGAGAAUUUCUUCUUUUCUGUAUUUUUUUUUUGUAUCCAGCAUGUGUUCUCAUUUAUUUAGGAAACGUGAGGUCUUGUGAUUCCUGCCAGAGGACAUGUUUCUGUCGCCUUGUGCCUGCGCCGAGAUGAAUUCAGACUUCGAGUGCCAUAUUGUUAACUGCUGGUUUGUCAUUGAUUAAGACUCGUCCCACUGCUGGUAUUUAUUUUAUUCUGUAUAAAGAGCUAAAUCGCUGCCGGUCCUUCUGUGUCGCUCCCCCGCCUUACGAAAAGAUGUUCGCUGUUACUCUGAGAAUGAAUCUUUCCGACUGAUUUCCGUGCUGCUCUCUGUAGUCUCCAGAUGACUCGUCAGUAUUAAAUGGAGGCGUCUUUCCAAAA